AUGCACGAGAAAGUCUCUUGCGUCGUGAAUGAGAUUCCUUAUGUCCCUGAUGAUGUUUACCCUCUGCAUACGUUGGAUCACAAUCCAAACUAUGUCGACUGGGUGAUGCGAUACAACGAUGUCCUUGAUGCCGAUAUGCUGAAGAAGUCCCUGUCCAGACUACUGGAGAUUGGUGACUGGAAGAAACUUGGUGGGCGAUUUCGAUACAAGCCGGACGGCAUGUUAGAGAUAUUCGUUCCAGGAUCAUCCUCCGGACCCAGAGAGAAUGUAUCUUUCACACACAAUGUGAUUGAUUCUGCAAUUGGCGAUGACCCCGUGGCCAGCAAACUCCCAACGAGGACCGUCGGCCCAUCCCUCCACCUUGUCUCGCCCGAUUCCAAACCCUUCAAUAGCCGCGAAAAUUUCCCCGUAUUUCGCGACAUGACACAGAGUGAUAUUCCUCCGAUUUCUGUACACGUUACCUCUUUCCACGAUGCGACCAUUAUCGCCCUAUCCUGGCCUCAUCAAUUGAUGGAUGCUAUGGGUGGCAAAGCUUUGCUGGCUGGAUGGUCGGCAGUAUUGGCUGGACGGGAAGAUGAAGUUCCCGAAGUGAUAGGUGCCCGAGAAGAUAUUCUUCACCACCCAGAUAUUCGAAAGGAAGAGAAAGAAGAGCUCAUCUUAGAAAAGGAUCGUCUCAGUGGGGCCAGCCUGGUGUUGUUCCAGUUGCGAUUCCUUUGGGACUACCUCUGGAAUGGCACACGCGAAAAGCGCGUCAUCUACCUUCCAAAGGAAUCAUUCCUGAAGAUGAAAGCUCAGAUCAAGACUGAGUUGACUCAGAAUGCCACUGACAUCGAAAAUGCCCCGUGGGUCACCGAGAAUGACAUUAUUUCUGGGUGGGCAGCACGGUGCUUGGCUUUAUCAGAGUCCAGCUCUCGUCCAAUCACUGUCCUGAAUUUCUUGAACAUGCGCUUCCGGAUUCCGCUGUUGGCUAAAUCGACCGGUGUGUUUAUUCAGAACAUCUGCGUCGGGACAUUCACAUUCCUUUCAGCCAAGAUGGCCCGGGCGCCCCUCAGUGAAAUUGCAUUGGUGAAUCGGCAGCAUACUGCCGAGCAGGGAACAGAGGUGCAAGGUCGUCUGUUGAUGAACGGCAUGAUGAAAGAUAUCGAGGAAGGCAGAGAGCCUCGCAUUUUGUUCGGGCCCUCGAACGCUGUCUGCAUGGUUGUCAACAAUGUUAUCAAGAUCGAAUUAAUGAAGACUGCGCAGUUUGGACCCGCAGUGAUACGACAGGGCGAGAGCUCAGAGACCAGACGGAAUCCACCAGGUACCAUGAUCAGUUAUUACAACGAAUACCUCGAUCAUAUGUACGAUGCUUUCAACGCGUUCGUCAUGUUCGGGAAAGAUUAUGGUGACGACUAUUGGCUUGGUGGAGCGUUGUUGCCCAAGGCUUGGAGGGUUAUUGAGAAGGAGCUGGAAAAAUUGUAA